UCGACUUCUGACCUGCAAUCGCAAGCCGGAUAAAACCCGCGCCAAUUUGCGCGCAUAUAUAUCCCAGACAGCUGAUACACCCUCAGAAGCGUGCGCUAGCACUAAAUAUUCACCUCGAAGACAAUAUUACAAGGGGAUAUCGCAAUUAUGGCAUGGUCAUGGUCGCUUGUUGCGUUAGUAUUGGCGAUGGUUUCGCCUUCGUUGGAGUAUAUAUGGGAGCGAAAGGACUCAUUUGAGAGAAAUUAUUAUGACCGUUAUCAAAAAAUCCCGCCACGAAUAGAGACAGCCCGUAAGUUCAUGGAAAAUUUUCUCGACCGAGAUAUUAAAGAACUGGACGAUGGCGCAAAAAAUAUCAGAAGGCGAUCCGUCGGGGACAACAUCUUUUAUGACGUCGUCUUCGUACUCGACUCUUCGGCGUCUGUCGGCGUUAAGGACUACAAGAACGGCAUCCUGGCGCUCCAGACCCUCAUUACACGAGCUAAGGAAGACACCAGGUACGCAGGAAUUACCUUUUCUACCGAAGCUAACAUCACCUUCUAUUUCACCGACCCCUUGGACGCCAUGAAGGGACUGGGCGGUAUCACCUACGCACCGGGCAUGACAAACACUCAGGCCGCCUUAGACAUCUGCCGUACACAGCUCUGGUUGAACAAAAAGAGCGGCUUCCGUAGACUGAGCUUUAAGAGGAUCUUGAUAGUAACCGACGGCCAGUCUAACAUCAACAUGGAAAGAACACUGUAUAAUGCGUUUCAGCUGAAAAACAUGGGCAUCGAGAUCUUCGUGGUAGCUGUGGGGAAGUACCUUCGAGGGAUUGCCGAAAUUGUUGGCUUGGCGAGCUCUACCGACGCGCAUCUGUAUCGAGUGCGGAAUCUAAGAGGGCUCCUUGAAGUGGUGCACCUCAUCCCGCCGUGGCGUCUUAUUCACCAGCAGCAACGCACGUGGCUGGCGAACAUGUUCGAGAACGUGGAAGACGAGUUUAAGUACUUCAGCCACGCAAAGCAGCGCCAUAAUACCCACUGAGUCACCCCAUAUGCGUACACGGGCCUCUAUACAUACUAUUCUAGUGCCGUUUACAUUUGUCGAACAAGAUUCAGUUGGCGCCAUAUCGUGUGGUAACCAUGGAUACAAUUAACGCGAUGGCACAAAAUGUAGUCACAUUUGCCCAAAUCUUUCAGCCUGAUUACGUCAUCAUUGACAGAGUCAGUCUACGACGUCAUAAAACAGAUGGCGUCUUCAAAUGACAGAAUAGCAUAUGUAGACAAUGGAAGCGAGACUCAAAGUGGAAGAUAUAAAGACGCGAAUGUUAAAUGCAGUAGGUUAGGCUUAGGUUAUGCAGUAUCAUAUGUUAUGCAGUAUCAUAUGUAUUCACGCUGUUUACUGAUAUGUGUACGGAGAUGGAAUUUAGAGCUGGUUCAUAGGAAUAUAGUUGGACUUACUAAUUGUAUACUUUAGGAUAAUGCUCGUUUUGUACAUACAUGUACCAUAUGAAAAACGGAACGUCCUUCGCAAUUAUGUAAAAACGGAACACAGUAUAUAUGUCAAACCACUUACAGUCGGUAAAAGUGUUAGUGGUUGUAAGUGUGCGAAUAAAAAGCCACACAGAUAAUAGAACUUGCACAAAUAAAGAAAAAUUGCUAAGAACCUAGGCUAGUUGUAAUAUAAUCAAUAGUCACUAAUAUAUAAAAAGUAAGGAGACUUAUCAUGUGAUUGUCAGUAAAGAAUGCGUGAUCGAAA